AUGUCGGUCACAAUCCCUCUGAAGACUCUCCCAGCAAACCGACCCGAAUCUGGUGAGAAGUCCAUCGGAUCCCCGAUCGAACACAUUUAUUCGACAUCGCCCGCAGAACACAUUGCCAAACCUUCGGAACAAAAACGCCAAUAUGCGACCGGUCUAAUUGGGGGUUCACUAUCCCUUCCCGACAAAUCGCUUGGAGCUAGCGAUCUCAUCUUCCCAGUCGACUCGAGUGACCACCCGCUCUUCCCUCCUCUACCAGUCUACGGUCCACCAAAUUUCGCUCGCAACCUGCAAUACUUUGCAUUUCGGACUGCAUCAUUCGUUCUAUCACUCGCCUUCCUGACUUUUAUAUUUUUUGGCGCAAUAGCAUGUAUUAGUGGGGCGGCUUUAUCGAACGCGAUUGCACGAUUAUUUGGCCAUCAGACCGGUCCAGAGAGGAUCUUCCAUACUGAGGAGCAAACGCGUCGAUCGCAACGAGCUGAUUCCGAUCGCAAAUGGCAUAUCCGACGACAGAAAAAAGAUGUGGACGAAGAGCAGGGACCUGAUGAAUGUCCUGCUCUGGAGGGGGGUAGGGAUCCCAUCGUUUGCGACGUUGCCUACUAUGCUAGACGGGUCGGUCUAGACGUGGAGACAUUUCGAGUCCAAACGGAAGAUGGUUUUAUAAUUACACUGUGGCAUGUAUAUAAUCCACAAGAGUAUACAACUCUCUCUCCGGAACAGAGACGUGAGCGAGGCUCCGCGGUAUUCACUGGAGCUAGGGAAGAUAACCCGUCACACCACAAAUCUGCGCGCCGGUACCCCGUUUUGUUAAUCCAUGGACUAUUACAAAGUGCUGGAACUUACUGCACGAAUGACGAUGACAGUCUUGCAUUUUAUCUGUGCAAAUCGGGAUAUGAUGUUUGGCUGGGUAAUAAUCGAUGUGGGCUGGACCCAGAACAUACUACUCUUUCCUCGUCUGACCCUCGUAUGUGGUCAUGGGAUAUCCGACACCUAGGUGUCCUCGACCUGACAGCGCUAACCUCACGGGUUCUGUAUGAAACGGGAUUCGAUAAGUUAGGAUUGGUCUGCCAUUCUCAAGGCACAACCGAAACAUUUGUUGCGCUUUCAAAGGAGCACCGUCCUGAUCUUGGCGAACGAAUCUCUGUGUUCUGUGCUCUUGCACCAGCUGUGUAUGCCGGGCCGCUCGUCAGGAAACCCUAUUUUCGGUUCAUGCAAAUUCUUUCACCAGCAAUGUUCCGUGUUGUCUUCGGGAUUCACGCUUUCAUUCCGUUCAUGAUGACUUUUCGACGUUUCGCUCCCCCAAGGGUGUAUGGUACCCUUGCAUAUUGGGUAUUUUCGUUCCUUUUCGGCUGGUCCGAUGCUCGGUGGGAACGCGAUCUCCGCCACCGGAUGUUCCAAUUCGCUCCCGUAUAUGUCAGCGCCGAGUCGAUGCGCUGGUGGCUUGGUAGCGAAAGCUUCGCCAAACAUGGAUGUAUCUUGAGCCCUGCCGUCGAGUCAAAGUAUCAAUUGAGUACGAAUGAUUGCAUUUCACCUGGGAGUGAGCAUGGUGAUAAUCCUGGGGAUCCAUGCCUUGGCUCUCGAAGCGAUUGUGCUUGGUUUGGCCCUCAAACACCUCCCUUUGCUUUAUGGGUUGGUGGCUCUGACGCAUUAGUUGAUGGCCGAAGACUUCUUCGCCGUUUUCAAGACGGUCUUGAGCCACAUGUCCGAGUUGUUCAUUCCAAGAUCAUUGAUGAAUAUGAGCAUCUCGAUGUUCUCUGGGCCAUAGAUUCCAUUGAGCAAGUUGGCAAAGAGGUACGCCAGGUAAUUUGGAAAACAAUACCGGAGGAGACCCGUGUUAAAUGCCGAGUCCCAUCUGGGGUUCAUCGUGGAUAA